GUUGCGCCGCAGUACAUUUUGUUCGGUUUCAGUUCAGUUUCAGUGCCGAGACAGAGGCAAUUUUCUGCUGCCAUACCAUACACCCAAAGCAGCAGUUCGACCAGCUCGGGCACAGAGCGGCCAAAAGUGAAUUCAACUAAACUGUUCGUUCAGCCAACGUUGAGGAAAUCAAAGUACGUACAUCAAAUAAGCCCUGUCUGUAGAACUUUUUUGUAACUUUCGAAGAAGAAAAGCGCAAGAACUUAAGCAACCAUGAGCGGGGAACGUCCGAAGCGUCCACUUUCUGCUUACAUGCUGUGGCUCAACGAGAACCGCGAACAAAUUAAAAAGGAAAAUCCCGGUAGCAAGGUCACGGACAUUGCCAAGCGAGGCGGUGAGCUGUGGCGUGGCUUGAAAGACAAGACGGAGUGGGAACAGAAAGCCAUCAAAAUGAAGGAGGACUACAAUAAGGCGGUAAAGGAGUACGAGGCAAACGGUGGCACAGACUCCGGUGCACCCAAGAAGCGAAAGAAGGUUGCCGCCAAGCCCGCCAAGAAGGUUAAGAAGAAAGAGUCAUCCGAGGAGGAUGAGGAGGAUGAGAGCGAGUAAAUGUGGCGUCCAUGCGCCGAUUCUCGUAUAAGUUUUAAACACACAUUUUAUUAAUGUAAUUUUCUAAGUGACAUAAAACAAAAUGAAAAACCCACAAAAAAACAAAACAAAAACAAAAA